AUGAAUCUCUGGAUUGGAGUUGUGCUGUUGCUGCUUGGCGUAUCACAGUCCCUAGGAUGCGGGCAAAAACCAUUUUCGGCAAGAGUUGUGAAUGGUGAUAACGCCUCGCCUAAUGAUUGGCCUUGGCAGAUUUCACUCAGAGUGAAUGGUCAACAUAUCUGUGGCGGAUCUCUCAUUGAAGAGGACUGGGUUGUAACUGCUGCUCAUUGUGUGGAAAGAAACCCAUCGCCGAGUGGCUACACUGUAGUCGUUCGAGCCCACGCGAGGACGGGAACAACCUACGUGCAGCAGACCUUCAGGUUACGACAACUGUUCAAACAUGAAGGAUUUGACAUGGGAAAGCUCCAAAACGACAUAGCUCUUCUACAGGUUAAUGGGCGAGUGAGACUGAGUGAUAAAGUAAAUACCGUUUGUAUGCCACAAAAAGGAAAAAGAGUGCCAGCGGGAUCACGCUGUUAUAUUACUGGUUGGGGAAGACUUUUUGGAGGUGGACAAGCCGCUUACACUCUCCAACAGGCUGUGUUGCAGGUCGUCGAUCACGGAAGGUGUCAAAGUGUCAAUGGCUAUAUGGUUCCUGUUGAUGAAGACUCCAUGGUGUGCGCUGAAGGCGAAGGCAAAGGUGGAUGCCAGGAAAAUGGAGACAGUGGCGGGCCAUUUGUUUGCAACGAAGGAGGGCGAUGGGUUUUGAGAGGUGCUGUGAGCUGGGGUCAUGGAAAGUGUAGGACAGAUCAUUACACUGUCUUUGCUAGUGUCAGCAAUUUCGUGGAUUGGAUCAAACAAAAGCAAUCAAGUGGAGGCGGUGGAAACGGCGGAGGUGGGGGAGGAGUCUGCCCAGAUAAGCUUCCAAACUGCUCGCUGUAUCAGCAGUCGUGCAGAUACAGCCAAUACAUCCAGCGACUGUGCCCUAAGUCGUGUCGCCUUUGUUAAAUGAAGAGUGAGGACCCGCAACAACGUGGGAUGGAUUUAUUUCACCAGAAUAAAAAAACAUUGUUGAC